UGAGACAAACGGUACAAACAGACGUACAAUGGCAGGUCUUGAGUCUCCAUGGUAAUCCUCAUCCACAGCCAGCAGUCCCUCCUCCUCCCUCCCUGCAUCUCUUCUCUUCUCUCCCCUCCCCCUACUACAAGGCUCCAAUCCACAGACAGGAACGAGACAGUGCUUCCUGCACCCAUCAUGCUUUGCAGUAUGAAACAGGAAGAAGCCAAAAGCACUCACUGAGUAAGCAGUAGAGCAGACAGCCGCACAGAGAAAAACAGACUGAUGGUGAAUGAGGAGGCGCCGCUCAUGGAGGCAUGGCCAGUGUCGCCUCCAAAACUCACUCAAGCUGGUCCUUCUCUCUGGCCACCCCUGUGGAGACCUCCGCUUUACCCUCUGAUGCUGCAGUCCCUUCAACCCAGAGGCUCUCGGCAGCUGGAGCUGGCCCUUCCAUGCUCAUCGUGGGAGACAUUGUCCAAGAUGUAAACAGGAGCACAGCUGACCAAUUCAUCAUCUACAACGCCCUCUUCCUCUCAUCAUACUGCCUCCUCUUCCCUGAAAACAUGGAGGAAGCCUCUAAGGUCACAGACACCCCACUUGCACUCCCACCCCUCUUGGAGCGGCGGGUUCGCCAGCGACAGCCAACAAUUGUAACCCUAAAAUCCAAGUUGAAGCAGAGUGUGACAUGCUCUGUGCCAAGACUCCGAUCCACCCUGUCAGGAUUCUUCCCUGUGGUGCGCUGGCUGCCAAAAUACAGGCUCAGAGAGUACGUCUGGGGUGAUGUCAUGUCUGGGAUGAUUGUAGGCAUCAUCUUGGUACCACAGGCCAUUGCAUACUGCUUACUAGCAGGAGUUGAUCCAAUCUAUGGCUUGUACACCUCAUUCUACGCCAACAUAAUCUACUUCCUAAUGGGAACGUCUAGACAUGUGUCUGUUGGGAUCUUCAGCCUCAUGAGCCUCAUGGUUGGACAGGUGGUGGAAAGGGAGGUGUUUCUAGCUGGUUUUGACCUUAGUGAGGACUCCACACCAUCCCCUGAUAUCUUUAAUACAACACUAGGCACCAACCUCACUCAUGGUACCAUUCAUACAGUGGAACUGAUGGGUAUGCAAUGCAAGAAGGAGUGUUAUGCCAUCAGUGUCGCUUCCGCUGUUACGUUCCUGGCUGGGGUCUAUCAGAUCAUGAUGGCAGUGUUUCGGCUAGGAUUUGUGUCUGUGUACCUUUCAGCUCCCAUGCUCGAUGGCUUUGCUACAGGAGCCUCUUUCACCAUUCUGACCGUGCAGGCUAAAUACCUGCUGGGUCUAAAGAUUCCUCGCCACCAGGGCUUCGGCACAGUGGUUGUAACCUGGAUCAACAUCUUUGCCAACAUUCAAAAGACCAACUUCUGUGACGUCAUCACCAGUGCCAUCUGUAUCUUAGUAUUAGUGACAGGGAAAGAGCUCCAGGAGCGCUUCAAGGAUCGUCUAAAGAUCCCUCUACCCACAGAGCUGAUUGUGGUGGCAGGAGCUACACUGGCCAGCCACUUUGGAGACCUCAACACCAAUUAUGGUUCCAGUAUUUCUGGUCACAUCCCCACAGGUUUCAUUCCUCCUCAGGUGCCUGGCUUCAGUUUGAUGUCCCGGGUGGCACUGGAUGCCUUUCCUUUGUCAGUCAUUAGUUUUGCCUUCACUGUGUCGCUGUCUGAGAUGUUUGCCAAGAAAAAUGGCUACACCGUUCGUCCAAACCAGGAGAUGCUGGCCAUCGGGCUUUGUAACGUCAUCCCUUCCUUCUUCCACUGCUUCACCACCAGUGCAGCAAUGGCAAAAACCAUGGUGAAGGAUUCAACAGGGUGCCAUACUCAGAUUUCAAGUCUGAUUACCGCCCUGGUAGUCCUUCUUGUCCUCCUCUUUUUUGCUCCUUUCUUCCACGCUCUCCAGAAAUGUGUCCUUGCUUGCAUCAUCAUUGUAAGCCUUAGGGGGGCACUGAGGAAGUUUAGGGAUGUCCCGGCAAAGUGGCGUGAUAGUCGGAAUGAUGCCAUUGUUUGGGUGGUUGCCAUGUCAGCCACAGCUCUGAUCAGUGUGGAGCUGGGCCUGCUUAUCGGCAUUGUCUUUUCCAUGGGAUGCAUCAUCUUCAAGACUCAAAAACCAAAGGUCUCUCUCCUGGGCCAGGUCAGUGACACUGAUCUUUAUGAAGACUUGGAGGAGUACAAGAACCUCACGCCACCUAAUCGGGCUCAGAUCUUCCGCUUCCAUGCUCCUCUGUACUAUGCCAAUAAGGAAUCUUUCCUCAAAUCCCUCUACAAAGCUGUCGGUGUGGAACCUUUCUUGGAGCUAACUAGGAGAAGAAAGGCAGAGAAGAAGGCCAAAGAAAUGUCCGUAAAACAGGCCAAGGCAAGUGGGGGGCUGGUCCAAAGACACCUGGAGUUCCACACAAUAGUUUUGGACUGCUCAGUCAUCUCUUUCAUUGACUCCACUGGCUUGGGCACUUUGAAAGGUCUAGUCAAGGAAUAUAAAGAGAUUGGUGUGAGUGUAGUCCUUGCUAGCUGUAACACCUCCGUCAUCGAUACCCUGCAGAAGGGACAGUUCUUUGGGAAGGAUGACAAAGACAUGAGCAGCCUUCUAUUUCAUACAGUUCAUGCUGCUGUCCUCCAUGCAAACAGAGUAACUGCAGAAGAGAUCAAGUCUGAAGAGUCCAUCGUGUAGAUCACCCUGAUAAGGACAAUAAAUAAGAAGAUGUAGUGGGGGGAUUUAUUCUGUUUCCUCUUCUAUCUGUUUAAUUAAGCAGCUUUGUGAUGAUGCCUUUCAGACAACUUGUCCAAAAAGAACACAUAGGUACCAAGAUUUUCAAAUUGUAGACUAUCGUCUUGAUGAAUGCCGAAACAAAUUUUUUUUUUAAAGAUUUGUUCCUUUGAAUACCCUUACAAAUGUCCCCAAAAAGCAUUAUUUGAAGCCAUUUGUAAUACCUAAAGAGCUGCACUCUAGCUGAAACUCAGUUAAGUUGGCCAGAUAUUCAUCAUCAAAUAUGGAUAACAAAUGGCUAUAGAUUUUACAACUUUGAUCAAAGUUUUCAUAUAUAAUGUAGCAGAUUCUGGUGGGAAAAGGGCCCAGAAAGAAGAAAGGACACAUAAAAAGUCAUGCUUUGUAAUUUUAUUGAUCAAUAAAUGUCACAGGAUGUUAAACAGAUGACCAGAGGAUCAGCUCUCCCUGAAAGAGAAUAUUUUGUCUAAAUUAACUAAAUUAGUUAAUAUAUCUUUAACUGGCAUUUCAGAUGUGUUUUAAAAUGCUGAAAAAGGUGUUUUGUAUACUUAUAAAAGGGAGCUUUUCUUUCCCUUUGAUGCGACUCAUGAAGUUCUAAGAUCAAUAAAGAUCAGUUUAGAAAAUCAGAUGAUUUGUCCCUAAAUUUACAUUGCAGUCUAUGGAUGCGAUCUGGUGAAGAUUUGCAGACUAGAUAUAGGAAAAGACAGACAUCUUCCUUUGCUAUUAAUCCACUUUUAUGUUAAUGUGUUUGUUUCUUAUAUAUAAUAAUGUCUAAACAAUAGGUCAUUUUAAAUAUAGAUGUAGGAAGAACAGUCAGCUGAAAUUAUCAAGAUUUACACAAUUUUUAAUAAAUUUAGUUGAUUUGUUUAUUUAGAGCAUUUCAUCCUUUUAUUAAACGUUAUAGUUUUGUUUUAUAAUCACUUAUUUUGUUGUUAAUUUUAUUUCAUCCUGUUUGAAUAAAAGAUCAAUGUUUGUACAUGUGUAUCACUGUGAAUGGUUUCAACAACAUAUAACGUAAAGAUGUAUUCACAAAA